AUGUGUGAGGGGACACUGUGGCUACCCGAAUUGUUCCUCCUGUUUGUCAUCUCCCUCCAAAUCUUUCACUUUCUGAAACUGCAAUGGACAAGACGGCAGCUUCCCCCGGGACCGAGUCCUCUCCCCGUGAUUGGCAACCUGUGGCUCCUUGGCUUUCAGCUUCAAGGACAGGAACUCAUGAAGCUCGCAAGCACCUAUGGAAACAUUUUCACGGUGUGGAUGGGAACGAACCCCAUGGUUGUGCUCAGUGGCUACAAGGCAGUCACUGAGGGCAUUAUUUCUGAAGAGCUUUCCGGAAGGCCGCUGACGCCAUUCUUCAGGGUCAUGAUGGGUGACAAAGGUGUCUUCCUUACCAACGGCCACACUUGGAAACAGCAGAGGCGCUUUGCCUUUACAGCGCUCAGGAACCUGGCGACGAACAUCCAGCACCGAAUUCAAGAGGAAGCCCGCCAUCUCGUGGAGGUGUUGGCAAGCCAGCACGGGUCAGCCUUUGAGCCCAAGCCCCAUAUGAUCCAUGCCGUUGCCAAUGUCAUCUGCGCGACUGUGUUUGGUUACCGCUUUCCCACAGAGGACGAGUCUUUCAACAAGAUGAUAAAAGCCAUCUAUUUAAUUAUCUUGGUCCCGUUCACUGCAACCGGCAGACUCUAUGAUGCUUUCCCGAGGAUUAUGCACCGUCUGCCAGGACGCCACCAGCAGGUCUUGAAAUACAAUGACUUCUUGCAUAAGGAGGUGAAAAAGCGGAUCCAAAGCCACAAGGAAAAAUGGAACGAAGGGGAAGAACCACAGAACCUUGUUGACUUCUACUUAGGUCACAUGGAAAAGACCAAAGAUGACCCGAAGUCCACUUUCAGUGAAGACAACAUGGUCCAAAUUAUGAUUGACCUUUUAAUUGGAGGGACAGAGAACACCGCCUCCCUGCUGUGUGGAGCACUGCUCUUAAUGGUAAAACACCCAGAAGUUCAAGAAAAAGUUCUAGAGGAAAUCAAUGCUGUUUUGGAGCCUUCCCAAACCGUCUGUUAUGAGGAUCGCACAAAAUUGCCAUACACCAACGCCGUAGUUCAUGAAAUCCUUCGUCUCAUCAAUGUUGUGGGCAUUGGACCUUUCCGGCUAUGUCUGGAGGACACCACACUGCUUGGGUCCCACAUUGCAAAGGGAACCCUUGUGUUGCCUAACAUAGUCUCUGUUCUGGCCGAUCCCGAGUUCUGGGAAUCACCUUCCGAAUUCAAUCCAGGGCACUUCCUUGAUUCCAAGGGCAACUUUGUGCUCAACAAAGCCUUUAUAGCUUUCGGAACAGGGCGCCGUGUAUGCCUGGGAGAACACAUGGCUUGGGAGGAGCUCUUUAUCUUCUUCACUACCGUGCUCCGUGCAUUCGUAGUCCAGCUGCCAGAGGGAGAGCAGGAAGCCGAUAUCAACAGCAUACUGAAGUCUCCGCGGCAACACCACUAUAAACUCCGUUUCCUUCCCCACUAA